UCAUUUAAUGGCAGAUAUUCUAAUAUGAUUCAUGGUACUCAACAGACAGAAGGAAAACAGCGACACCAUGACGCCAAUUGUCAUCACUGUUCUCCUUCUGUCUGUUGCAGCCGUAUCUCCGGGCUCCAUACAUACUAGAUAUGGCACAAAGAAAAUGGAAGAGUCCGUUUCUGUGAAAAUUGAAAAGGCAAAUGCAAAUGUCAAACCAGGCUUAAACCUGACACAUGGGGACAUCAUGGGACACAUGGGUGAUGAAGAGGGGAUUUUGAGGAAUGCUCUACCUUGCCCCAGCGGUGUCUGUAAAUGGCCAAAAACUGGAAACGAAGCCAUAAUUCCCUAUGAAAUCUCCAGAGCUUUUACCAAACGUCAAAGGAUAACUAUAGAAAAAGCCCUAAGAGACUUUAGUUUUGGAGAGCGCACGACAUGCAUUCGCUUUGUCAGGAAGACUGAAACGGAUAUAAACUAUCUAUCCUUCGUAUCACAAAAUGGGUGUUGGUCACACCUUGGUCAAACCGGUGGCAGACAGCUGAUCUCCUUGCAGAGAGACCGUUGCGUGCACAAAAACAUUGUGCAACAUCAAGCCCUCCAUGCACUUGGAUUUCACCAUGAGCAGGUCCGCUCUGACAGAGAUGACUACGUCACCAUCAAGUAUGAAAACAUCAUUCAAGGAGCUGAACAUUACUUUCAGAUUGCACCAACAAACAACUUGGGUACCCCCUAUGAUUAUCACUCUGUGAUGCAUUUCGACGCAUAUGCCUACUCCAAAAAUCACCAACAAACCAUCAUUGCCAAAAAUAAGUUUAUAACUAAUUUUGGCAGAGCAAAAGAGAUGAGUGACAAUGACUAUGCACGCGUCAAUCGUCUUUAUGAGUGUUGUGAGUAAACACAUUGUAUGAUACUUUGUGAACCAGCAUUUGCUCCAAAAACAUACAAAGUACAUUGAUUCCUGCCUUACUGGAUGAUUACACGUGUUGCUGUGUAUUCCCCCCACCAAUCAGAAACUUCAAGACAAACAUAGGAUUUACAGGUCUUGUUGAGCUCUCCAGUGGUGAUCAAAUUAAGUGCUCAAUCAUAUCAUUUAAAUGUAUUAACUGGUGGUUGUUGAUAAGACAGUAAUUCACAUAUGUAUAUCAAAUGCAAAAAAAAUAAAUUUUAAAGAAGUAAA